UAAGUUUGUAGAUGGACCAAACAAAAUUGCCACCAUUCACCGUCAAAGUUAGUUGUAAAAUUCCGAUGACAUUCUCCGAUUUCAAUAUCCGGCGAAAUGGCGAAUCACUCCCACUUUCUCUCUCCAAGUCUCCUGUUCUGAAUUUCAGGUCCGUGAAUCACUAAUCUGCAACUACCUUGCAAAUGUUCAAACUCAAGAAAUGGUGUUUCAGGUAAGAAAAGAAGACAAUUUCUGGGAAAUUGCUGAAGUAUUUGAAUGGAGAUAAUUGGUAUGGAAAUCGCGAAACUUCUGGGAAAUCAAUUUGGUACAACAGUUGCAAUAGUAGCUGUCUCAACUUUGGUGUUUAUGGUGUUGUUAGGGAAAUCUUUCAUUAAUCGAGCCAGGAAUUUCUCUGUUUCUUCUGAAGCUCCUCCUGUGCCUAAGGUUCCUGGGCUGCCUUUACUUGGGAAUUUGCUGCAACUAAAAGAAAAGAAGCCUUACAAGACAUUCACACAAUGGUCCGAGGUUCAUGGUCCGGUUUAUUCAAUUCAACUUGGCUCUUCUAAUUUGGUUGUUCUUAGUAAUUCAGAUGUUGCAAAAGAGGCUAUGGUUACCCGCUUCUCAUCUAUCUCGACCAGGAAAUUGUCAAAUGCCCUAAAAAUCCUUACCUAUGAUAAAUGCAUGGUUGCAACUAGUGACUAUAAUGAGUUUCACAAAACAGUAAAGAAAUACAUAUUAACCUAUCUAUUGGGCUCAAAUGCUCAGAAGCGCAACCGGACAAUUCGUGAAACCAUGUUGGAGAAUGUAGUAGGCUGCUUUAAAACACAUGUGAAGAGCUUCCCCCUUCAAGCAGUAAACUUCCGGAACAUAUUUGAGUCGGAGCUCUUUGGAUUAGCUUUGAAACAAGCUCUAGGAAGAGAUUUGCAGUCUCUUUUUGUUGAAGAGCUUGGAGCUACUCUGACAAGAAAGGAAAUAUUUCAUACUCUAGUUUUGGAUAUGAUGGAAGGUGCAAUUGAGGUCGAUUGGAGAGACUUCUUCCCCUAUCUCAAAUGGGUUCCUAACAAUAAGGUAGAAGCAAACAUUAAAAAGUUAGAUCUUCGCAGAAUGGCAGUGAUGAAAGCACUCAUUAAAGAGCAUAAGGAACUAAAUGAAGGCAGAAAGGAUAUGAAUUCCUAUCUCGACUUCUUGCUGUCAGAAGCGAAAGUAACAGAGACACAACUAGCUAUGCUGCUUUGGGAGCCGAUCAUUGAGUCUUCUGAUACUACUUUAAUCUCAACGGAAUGGGCUCUUUUUGAACUUGCCAAGGAUCCUGAGAGACAGGAACGAUUGUACCGAGAAAUUCAGACUGUUUGCGGGUCUGAUAGGAUAACAGAAGACCAUUUGUCUCAGCUUCCAUAUUUGUCAGCUGUUUUUCAUGAAACAUUGAGAAAGCACAGCCCUGUUCCUAUUAUUCCUAUACGAUAUGUGCAUGAAGAUACACUGAUAGGAGGCUACCAUAUUCCUGCUGGAACUGAGAUUAUAGUAAACCUGUAUGGAUGUAACAGAAACAAAAAUCAAUGGGAAACCCCUGAUGAGUGGAUUCCAGAGAGAUUCCUAGAUAAUAAUAAGUAUGAAUCCAAUGAUCUUUUCAAAACAAUGGCUUUUGGAGCAGGAAAAAGGAUCUGUGCAGGCGCACUUCAGGCGAUGUUAAUAUCGUGUACGUCCAUUGGUAGAUUGGUUCAAGAGUUCGAGUGGAAGCUGCAAUCUGGGCAGGAAGAAGACAUUGAUACUGUUGGUCUCACCACACACAAACUUCAUCCUUUGCAUGCCAUCAUUUCGAGUCGAGAAUAAGUAUCUACAUCCAAGAAGUGAUGGUAAUAGUCAUCAAAAUUAACUCUAUUUAGAAUUUAGAAAAGUAAAACAAGAAUUAAACCUCAUGUUGUUAGUUAAAUGAAUAUUAUGAGAGUUUUCAGUAUGAGUAGUUCUUUGUGUCUUGUGUGAUCCUGCCUAUAAUUGAAAUGUUCUGCAUCAACUUGGUUCCUAGCAUUGCCACACCUUCCUAGCCAGUACUUUCAGCUCAAAUAAUACUCUGAAAUGAGAUUGACUUGAAGUCUUCUUCUAUAGUGGAUAAGUUUUCUUCAA